CUUGGUUUGAAGAGCGGUCCCGCCUGCGAGUGAGGACCCGCGGGUUUCCGCUGGUGGCGCGGGCUUCUGAAAGUAAAAGGAGGGGCCCCUGAACGCCUCGCGAGGCCCAAGGAGCAGAGAGGAGGGAGUCAAAGGCGGGCCUGACGCCCACUCAGACCUCCCGGAGGAAGGGGAGCAGGCCGCGACCCGCGCUGAAUUGUCUCAGAGGUGGCCAACUUUGACCUGGGCCUCGAAGAGGGAGAGGCAAGUGAGGCAUUCCAGGAGAUUUCUGGGAAAUUAUGAGUUACUUCUGUUCAAGCAUUGAGAGGCAAAAUGACCGAAGUGGAAAAGGAUGAACCUGUUUUUCCUUCCCAGGAAUAUAUCAGUUGCCAGUGAGUUUGUGUUGCAAAGUUUUCUGCAAACAUUCAAGAGAAUAUUUAUCGACUCGAAAAGCACAAGUACUGGAAAGGCAUUGCCAGAGUACUAACUGGCAGAAAUCUUACAUGGGAUAGAAUUUACUUUCCCGUAACUUCUAAACCAAUGGAGAGAAAAUGGGAAGCAAAACUGAAGCAAAUUGAAGAACGAGCAUCUCGUUAUGAGAGGAAACCAUUAUCCUCAGUAUACAGACCAAGAUUGUCCAAGCCAGAAGAACCACCCUCCAUUUGGAAACUAUUCCAUCGGCAAACUCAGGCUUUUAAUUUUGUUAAAAGCUGUAAAGAGGAUGUUCAUGUAUUUGCUUUGGAAUACAAAGUGGGCGAUGGACAACGUAUUUACCUGGUGACAACCUAUGCUCAACUUUGGUUUUAUUAUAAAUCCCGGAUGCCAUCUGGACUUCACUUAGCACAGAUCAUCAUUUACUUAUGGAAGCAAAAAAAUCUCUUACACUGCUAUGAAGUCAUUCCUGAAAACGCUGUGUGCAAGCUUUAUUUUGAUUUGGAAUUUAACAAACUUGCCAAUCCAGAAGCUGAUGGGAAAAAGAUGGUUGCAUUACUCAUUGAGCAUGUUUGUAAAGCACUUCAAGAGCUAUACAGGGUUAAUUGUUCAGCCGAAGAUGUUUUCAACUUGGAUUCCAGCACUGAUGAAAAAUUUAGCCGCCAUCUAAUAUUUCAGCUCCAUGAUGUGGCAUUUAAAGAUAAUGUUCAUGUUGGUAAUUUUGUGAGAAAAAUUUUGCAGCCUGCUUUUCACUUAAUUGCCAGUGAAGAUGAUGAUAGUAUUUCAGAGAGCAUGGGCCACGGAUUUUCCCAUUUUCCUGAAACGCCAGUUAAACAAGGAAUUUCCUUUAGCAAAAUGUCCUCAGAUAGAGAUAGAGGAGAGAGCCAGACGCAGAAUUCAAAGGAACGGGGGAGGCUGGGGUCAGCUGAGCAAAGCAGUCCUGACCUAUCAUUUUUAGUUGUGAAGAAUAACACAGGAGAAAAGCAUCUUUUUGUGGACCUCGGAGUUUAUACAAGAAAUAGAAACUUUCGGCUGUAUAAAUCAUCGAAGAUAGGAAAACAGGUGGCUUUGGAGAUUGCUGAAGACAACAGAUUUUUUCCUAAACAGUCCAAGACUAUUUCUGAAGAAAAUCAGUAUUUCCUAUCUUCUUUGGUCAGCAAUGUCAGAUUCUCAGAUACUUUACGAAUUCUGACAUGUGACACAUCUCAGAAUAAACAGAAACGAGUUGAAUAUUCUCACAGUACCAACACUAAAGCAGGAAACAUUGAAGGUUUUCACUGUUCACCCUACCCUGAAAUUGAUCAGUUUGUUCUUUCUUUGGUGAAUAAAAAUGGCAUUAAAGGAGGAAUUCGGCAUUGGAGCUACUUUUUCCCAGAAGAAUUACUGGUUUAUGAUAUUUGUAAAUAUCGCUGGUGCGAAAACAUUGGAAGAGCCCACAAGAGCAAUAAUAUCAUGAUUUUGGUUGAUCUGAAAAAUGAAGUGUGGUAUCAGAAAUGUCAUGAUCCUGUAUGUAAAGCAGAAAACUUCAAAUCGGACUGUUUUCCAUUACCUGCGGAAAUUAGUCUCCUGUUUCUUUUCAAAGAGGAAGAAGAGUUCACAGCAGCUGAAACAAUGAACAGUGACACCAAGAGUCCUCAUAAGCCACCGUCGGGUCUGUUGUCAGAAGGUGCCAUUUCCGACGCCGACUGGGACAAUGGCCUUGAUGAGACUGACUUUGUGGAAGCUGCUGAAGAUGCUGAACUAGCCGCAGCUGCAGAGCACGGUCUCCUCGGUUACUGCAGCGGAGAGGGUGAAAUUCCCGACGAGCUAAUCGUGCAGGUAUUACAAGAGUAGCUCUUACGUAACUGGCUGUGAUUUGGCCUGAAGACAGUUUAAUAACCUGAGCAUAUUAAGUUAUAGUAACUUCUUAUUAAACCUGUUUAUAAAAACCAAGUUUGAUCACUUUGCUUCUCAAUUCCUUUUUUUUACUGAAGUAAGCCAGUUUUAUUGAAAAUUUGCUUAGAAAUCUUAUUGAUUGACCAGAAUUGGUCUAUGUUCAUAUCAGCUUAAUUCUGCAUGUCUGUUGAUAGGUUAAAACUCUUAAUCUUAUUAAAAAAAUUAAUUGAAGUAUAAUUGACAUACAGUAUCCUUUUCAGGUGUAUAUCCUGCUGAGUUGCUAUCUUUAUGUUACAAAAUGAUCCCCAUGAUAGGUCUAGUUACCGUCUGUCAUCACACAAAGUUAUUACGUAUUACUGUAUAUUCCCUGUACUGUAUAUUACGUCCUCAUGACUUAUAACUGGAAGUUUGUACCUCUUAAUCAUCUUCACCUUUUUCACCCCCCCCAAUUCCUCCUCCCUCUGACAACCAACAAUUUCUUGUAUCCAGGAGUCUGUUUCUGUUUGGUUUUAUAGAUUCCACAUAUAAAGGUAGUCAUAUGGAAUUUGUCUUUGACUUAUUUCACUCAGCAUAAUAUACUCUAGUUCAGUCCAUGUGGUUACAAAUGGCAGGUUUUUAUUCUUUUUUAUGGCUGAGCAAUAUUCCUACGUGUUUGUAUAUACUUCUC